GUGAAAUAUUUUCUCCAGGAAAGUAGGCGGACCAUGUGUAGAUUAAUUGCUAACAAAAUAUAGUUUUUGUAACCUUUUCUUAUAUUCAUUAACUCAUUUCUCUGAUGUGGCUGCAUAUUUUACUAUUUAAAUCAGUGACUGUGGCGUAAAUAGCAUCUGGUGUGGCACUACGAAGUAUGUUUACGUUAUAGGAUAUUUUUAAAUAAAUAAUUAUAAUGAGCGAUUCGGAUUCCAACCUAGUUGUAUAAUUGGACGAGAUAAGAGUAGAAUUGUACAAUAUAAAAGUCCUGCUUAAAAUGCCUUGAAGUCCAUUACAUUUGAAAACUGCAACAGUAUGGCAGAAUUUCUUGCUGAGAAUAACCCUUGUGGACAGAGUAUCCUUCGUCUUGUCUCAAGAGGGAAUGCGAUUAUUGCGGAACUUCUGCGUCUCAAAGAUUAUAUUCCACCAGUUUUCAGGCUAGAAACAAAACAAGACCAACAGAAGUAUGGAGAAAUCAUUUCAGAUUUCAGCUACUUUAAAAUGUCUGAUGAGUUUGAUCAGAAAAUAGACAGUAACCCUCAAUUACAAGACUUGGAUGAAGAAUUCAGAGAAAACUACACUGAAAUUCUCACACGUUUCUACCUGGUGUUUGAGAGUUUGCACAAAUAUAUUACGGACUUGAAUCGUUUCCUGGAUGACUUAGAGGAAGGCCUGUUCAUACAACAGACUUUAGAAAGUGUGCUUCUCAGUGAAGAGGGCAAGCAGCUAAUGUGUGAGGCACUCUAUUUAUAUGGAGUGAUGCUACUUGUAGUGGACCUUCAUAUUGAAGGUGUGGUAAGGGAAAGAAUGCUUGUGUCAUACUACCGCUACAGUGCACAGAGAUCCAGUACAGAAAGCAAUAUCGAUGAUGUCUGCAAGUUGCUUCGCUCCACUGGAUUUACUAACACUUCAGCCUCAAAGAGGGCACCCAACUACCCAGAGGUUUAUUUCAAGCGUAUCCCUGUGAAUGUUUUAUAUGUAAACAUGGUGCUGGGACGGCUGAGGUCAGAUGAUAUAUAUAAUCAGAUUUCAGCGUACCCUUUCCCUGAACACCGCAGCACUGCACUAGCAACUCAAGCAGCCAUGCUGUACAUUUGUCUGUUCUUUGCACCUUCUGUUCUUCAUACACAAACUGCCAAGAUGCGAGAGAUAGUUGAUAAGUACUUUCCUGACAACUGGGUGAUAAGCAUCUACAUGGGAAUCACAGUGAAUUUAGUUGACUCAUGGGAACCAUAUAAAGCAGCUCGUACAGCUCUGAGUAACACUCUUGACUCUUCCAAUGUGCUGGACAUUGCUGCCCGUUAUGCUAAAAGAAUGCAGAAAAUGAUACCUCAUACUCAACAGCUGUUGAAAGAAGGAGCAUUGAUUGAAGAGAAUGUCUUAGAUCAUGUUAGCAAAGUGACAAAUGUGGUCCGUGAAUGCAAUGUUACUCUGCGUUGGAUCAUGCUACAUGCAUCCUCACCUGGUCCUGCUUGGGAAGGGAAUAAACGGUGCAAGCAAAUUCGAGACCAAGUGACUGCUGAUGCCAAGUGUAAUCCUCUGCAAGUAUUUGAAUUAUUAUUGAACACAGCACAAUUUGAACUCAAGAUUAAAGAUAUGUUCAAACAUUUGCUGAUGGAGAAACAGAACAAAUGGGAAAAAUACAAGAAAGAAGGUGUCGAGCGCAUGAUGGAGCUGUCUGAGGUGUUUUCAGGGACAAAGCCUCUCACUAGAGUUGAAAAAAAUGAAAAUCUUCAGUCAUGGUUUGCAGCAAUGGGGAAGCAAAUAGACUCCUUGAAGCAUGAAGAUGCAACAGCAUCAGGCAGAAAGAUAGGGCAGCUUAUACAGGCUCUUCAGGAAGUUCAAGAGUUCCACCAGUUAGAAAGUAAUCUACAAGUGCGACAGUUCCUAGCUGACACAAGACUAUACCUGCAUCAAAUGAUUCGCACCAUCAACAUCAAAGAGGAUGUUCUCAUCACCCUGCAGAUUGUUGGAGAUCUUAGUUAUGCAUGGGAAAUUGUUGAUUCAUACACCAGUAUCAUGCAGGAAGGAAUCAAGAAGGAUCCUUCAUUGGUCAUCAAACUUCGUGCGACAUUCCUCAAGUUAUCUUCAGCAUUGGAAAUUCCUCUGUUACGUAUCAAUCAAGCACACAGUCCUGAUCUGGUAUCAGUGUCACAGUAUUACUCUGGUGAAUUGGUUGGUUAUGUUCGAAAAGUUCUGCAUAUUAUCCCGGAAACUAUGUUUGGGUUGAUGGCUCGAAUAGUUUCCCUUCAGACAUCGGUCAUCAAAGAGCUCCCUACUCGACUUGAUAAAGAUCGCCUUAGGGAAUAUGCACAACUGGAAGACCGUCAUGAGGUUGCAAGAUUAACCCAUUCUGUAUCUGUGUUCACUGAAGGCAUCUUGAUGAUGAAGAGUACUCUGGUGGGGAUUAUUAGAGUUGACCCGAAACAACUCCUAGAGGAUGGUAUUCGUAAGGAGCUGGUGAAGCACAUUGCAACUGCCCUUCACAAUGGACUUACUUUCAACCCAAAGGCUAAGACAAGUGAACUGUUGGGAAAAUUAGAAGCUUUGGGGAAGAUAAUGGAUGGAUAUCGUCGCUCUUUUGAGUACAUCCAGGACUACGUGAAUAUAUACGGGUUGAAGAUAUGGCAAGAAGAAGUGUCACGCAUUAUUAGUUACAAUGUUGAACAGGAGUGCAACAGUUUCCUGCGUAACAAAGUUCAGGAUUGGCAGAGUGUUCAUCAGAGUAAGACUAUUCCUAUUCCAAAGUUUCCUCCAACAGACACUACAUCUGUCAAUUUUAUUGGACGCCUGGCCAGAGAACUGAUACGAAUCACUGAUCCCAAGUUGACAGUUUAUAUUGAACACAUGACAGCCUGGUAUGAUCUUAAAACACAUAAUGAAGUCAUAAAUCUAAAGUUCUUCUCCAAAAUUACCAAGUCAGUGGGAACAGCUGGACUAACUGGACUUGAUCGUCUUUUCUCCUUUAUGAUUGUCACAGAACUACAGAAUUACCUGAAUGCCUUGCAGAAAGGAGUUUUGCAGGACAAAGCUUGGCUUGAGAUGUUUGCAGUUGUUUCCAAAGGACUUUCUCCCUGCUGUAAUAUUAUCAGCAAUCCUGGACGAUUCUACUCGCAAUAUACAUCCCGUGCACAGAGAGUUUGGCCCCAGAUUUUGGAUCGGGUGCUGAAAGUUGGACAGAUGCAGUUACUGAGGAAGCACAUAACUUGUGAACUCAACAUAUCUUGCAAAUUUGACUCUAAACACCUGGUAUCAGCUCUGCAAGUUAUGAAUGAUGCAUUGUUGGCUGAGAUUGAAGCCCAUUACAAGGAACCAUCAAAACCAUACCCAAAGGAGUCAAACCCACUACUUUAUGAAUUAUCAACAUACCUUGAUUGGACUGGCAUUAGUAAUCCUUACACGAAGAUCUACGUAACCACCAAGAAUUUGCAGUUUUUCUCAGUACUCUCAUUUCUCUUUGUGGUGUCUCAACUUCCCAAACUUACCUAUGCUAAGAAUGUUGGAAGUCUCAUCACUCGUCGGGUACAAGAUCCAAUGGAUGGGGUUCCAUUUAUAGUCGGCAUGCAGACGUUGUUACGCCAGUUCCAUCCAGAAAUACGUAACCAGUUCUUGUUAUACCUUGGACAAUAUGUGAAGUCACACAUGGAGGCUGCUAUAAGCAGUAGCAGUGGGAAAGUGUCUGAGCUUCCAAAUGAAGUUGUGACAACUCUGCACUUCCUGGAGAGUUUUGCACACUACUCAGGAAUCAGUCGCAAGACACUUGCUGCCCACAUCCCCGAACCGAUCUUGGACCAGUACCAAACAUUAUCAACUUCUUGAAUGCCAGAGUCGUCAAGCAGCUGUUGUGCGAUGUAGGCGAAUGAUCUGUUCGGAUGUGCACAUCCCUAGUCAAUGCAGUCUUUCAUCACAGGUGAACGGAGGAUCAAAUGCAAACCUGAACAAAAUGUGCCACAUAGAUUGCAUGUUACAUUAGUCAGGAAAUAUCUUUUGUAAUGUGCAUUGCCAUAAAGUGGUUGGUUUGUGCAAGCAGACAUGCACAAAUUAACCCAGGUGUGAAUGGGCUAAUUUGUAUGCUGCAGUGACUGUAUAAGAAUUAUAAAAGUGCAGUAUCUUGAUUGUCCAACCUAAUGGAGGGGAGAGGAUGAACAAAUAAUUGUAAAAUGCAAGUUAUCUUAUUUUCAGUCCCCAUGUUGCUUUCAUCAUUUCACCAGUUGAAUGUGCGAUAGUAUCAGAGUAUAGUGUUGGGCAAAAUAGAGUUUAACUCACAUUUGAUCUCACUACACACAAUAACAAGUGGUUGUAGAGUGUCAAAGGAACAUAUAAAAUUAUACUUUUAAAAUGAACAUUCCUCUCCUAGACAGUUAAUAAGGAAAUAUGUAUUUGUUUUUAUACUGUUACUGUUAAAGUUCUAAAUGUUUACAGUACUGAAGCAGAAAUCUAUUAAUGUUUUGUUUGUGUGUGUAUCUAUGUGUAUUUUAUAAAACAAGCUGAUUAAAUCAUGUCUUAAGAGCAUCA